AUGAAAUUGGCAUUUGACGAUGUGAAAGUCAGCAGCAAUGGUUGUGGUGGUUCUCGGGAUGACCUAGUUACAUUGAUCUCGAUUAAUUCUCACGAGGCUCUCCAUAGUGGGACUUUGAGUCUUCAACCUGUGGUAGAGAUUAACGAUGAGGAAUUGGGAGGCAUUCAAAAAACUGUGAAAUUCACGCAGAGAGAAUUAGAAAUCCUCGACAGCAUUCAUCAUCCGAAUAUUAUUCAGAUCAUUGCACUGUCAAUCCAUGCCAAAAAAAUAUACAUUCUAAUGGAGCUGGUUGACGGGCAUUCACUGUCAGACAUUCAGGAUAAUGAAGAGACACAGACGAUGUACCAAUGGAAUCUUCAAUUGAAGAAAAGCAUAACGGUUCAGUUAUCUAGGGUAAUCAACUUUUUGCAUAAAUUACCAAAUCCCAUCAUCCACAGAGACAUAAAACCGGAAAAUAUUUUAUUCAGUUACGAUGGACGUGUCAAGCUUUGUGACUUAGGACUAAGCAUUUUUCAUCAAAUGAUUCCAGCAUUGAGGACGACAACGGGACAUCGCUCAAGAAAAGGUUCCCUAAUAUAUAUGGCGCCAGAAGUGCUACUUGGUGGUGCACGUUCGACUGUUGCUGCCGAUAUUUGGGCAAUUGGUUGUACAAUCGUCGAAAUUUACGCCGAGAAAUGUGUGUGGGAUCUCAGCGAAUCAGCACCAGAGGAGCAUCUGAAAUCAAUUCUAGAAGACAA